GCUGAGGAGAGAGGAAGGGACACUGCUCCGUGCUGCCCCUUGUUAUCCUUGCUAUCCACGUGCCCCCCCUUGUUAUCCUCGUGCUCCCGGCCUUGUAGCGGUGCCGUGGCGGGGCGUGUAGGCGUUGACAUGUAAGCCCCGGUCGUCUACCCUCCGUGCCCUAUGGGGGUCCGUGGACGGGGCAGCACUCACGGUCAACGGCACUGCCCAUACACUCAGUCCACCCUGGCGGGGACCUCACCAAUGACCUCCAUGAAAACAGGGUCCCAGACAAGCCAGUUGGUCUGAAGGCCGUGGCGCUGACUGACCACAUCAGGGUGUGCUGGCAGCCCCCUGCACAGCACAAUGUGAUGCUGUGCGGCUACACCAUUGCCUGGGACCAAGGCGUGGCGGACAUCUACUCCAAGAUCGUGGACAGCAAGCAGCGCGGUUACUUCAUUGAUAAGCUGGAACCCAACAUGGAGUUUGUGAUAAGCCUGCGAGCCUUCAACAACGUGGGUGACGGGCAACCGGUGUACCAGCAAGUCCGCACCCAGCCAGAGGAGGAGGAGGUGGUGGCACCCACGCUGGACCCGGCGGUGGGGGUGGAGGCCGUGGUGCUGACGCCCUUCACCGUGGUGCUGCAGUGGGCAGACACCAUGCUGAGCCAGAACCAGUACAACAGCUGCACCACCUUCUCGUCCUCAUCCUCCAGCCGCUACGUCAACGCCACGGAUGUGACCUGCCUCAUUGACAGCCUCAAGCCAUCAACAGUGUGUGAGUUUGCUGUGAAGACCAUCAGGGUGAGGCCACAGUGCUGGAAGCCUUCGUUCUUCUUUCAGUUUGGCGUGAGUCCCCCUAUAGCCUGGUGGCCUCCAACAACCUGCUGGUGGCCUGGCCGUCCUGGCCCUCCCUGGCCAGCCGUCCACCACCACCUUCACCCGGCAGCCGCUGCAGCGGAACAAUGGGAGGAUCACAGGCUACGCGAUAUUCCUCACCAUGGACCAAACUGUCAGUGACUGGGUGAUGGGGGAAGUGACGGGGGACUGGCUCACCCUCACCGUCCAUGGACUGACGGCUUCAAGGAAGUAUUUACACAAGAUGCACACUCACAGUGUCAAAGGUUUUGGUCCAUUCUCCUCCGUGGAAAGCUUCACGACUCUUCCAGGUAAGGAAGUGUUAGUCUUAGGGAGCCGUCAUUGCUGUGGUGCAUCAGUCACUGUUCUCCCAGUUAUGCACAUGUUGUGUCCCACCACACUGUCCCUCAUCAUGGAGCACUCCCUCCCUGAGGCUGACUUGAGGCCCAUUACCUGCAUGCUGUGUGUUGUGGUGCAUCAGUCACUGUUCUCCCAGUUAUGCACAUGUUGUGUCCCACCAUACUCUGUCCCUCAUCAUGGAGCACUCCCUCCCUGAGGCUGACUUGAGGCCCAUUACCUGCAUGCUCUGUGAAUGUCACCUCUGGCUCUGUGGGCAUGUGGGUAAACCCUGCUUGCCAGGUUGUUUAUGUAAGAGACAAUCCUUAGUAAAGAGUGUGCCCAGAAAGUUGGGUUAGAGCAGGUUGAUGGAUCCUGCUGGGAGGUACAUGGUAUGGGGAAGGUGCCUGCAUGGGGACCUGCACAGAGGAACCCCCAAGAAUGGUGUCAUAGUUUGGGUGAGGCAGGCUGGCAGA